UCUAUGUUUGUUAUUGCUCAGAAUUCCCGCGCAGCAGUGUGGCGUCACAAUACGGAAAUAUAGAUAGUUCAUGGUUCAGUAUUGUCGCGCGCCUGCAGGAGUGAUGCUGAUUGGUUGGUACGUCGCUCUCAUUGUUUACGUCAUAAUUAGACCAACCGCGUCACACAUAAGUUGUCCUGGUAACCAGAUAUAUUCCGACUGCGCAGGAUGUGACGUAGCCUGCAAUGCACAACGUCAUAAUGUUAUUUGUACGUCAGAAUGUCGUCAGAAAUGUACUUGUCAAUUCCCGUCUUUGUACAUGAGCGGUGACCAAUGUAUAACUGACCAACAAUGUGCUAUAUUAUUGGGUGAAACAUCCUACAAAUGCUAUCUCACAAGUGUAUGCGAUGUUAACAAUAUUUGUUGCGGAGAUUUGUCAAGUUCUACCUGCUGUCCUACAAACAACAUAUGUUGUAGGAAUGGGACAACACACACAUGUAGUAAUGUACCUUGUGCAGGAGUAAGGGCAACCUCAAGGUUGUUGUUUCCCAUAUUGCUGUUGAUAUCAUUGAUAUGUUACCUCUUGACAUGAAGAUAUAUUCAACUGCACAAGUAUCCUAUAUUCAGAGAUUAAAACUUUUUAUGAAGUAUAAUAUUUGUUAUUGUUGAUUUAACUUGAUUUAUUCUAUAAUAUUGUAUACUUUGUACAUCCUACAGUUUAUAAAACAUAUUCCACACACACAAGGUUUUUAAAUAUUUGUUUAUUAGCAUGAAAGUUUGAACAAAACGUCCCAAU